AUGGCCACUGCCACGACACACUCACGCGGCGUUCGCCGCCCAGAAGGUUGCAGCCUUCUCCAGUUUGGUAGCACUGGCGCGGUCUACGAGUUUGUUGACGACCCCACGAUUGUUGCCAAACUACCAUUUGAAGAAAAGGAGUAUGUUGCGCGCCUGCAAGGAGAGAUGCGCAUCCUGAAACGCCUCGGCGCCGACCAGGAGCACGGCCGCCACCCGCACAUUGUACGCUGCAUUCGCAUGGAAGACAACGACCGCGGCGGCCGGAUUAUCCUCGAACGCGCCGAACACAGCGCGCUGCGGCUCUAUUUCUCAGAGACCGAAGAGGGCCAACAGGUCUCGGAGGCCGAGCGUGUGCAGUGGUGCCGCCAAGUGACGGGCGCUGUCGCGUACAUCCACAGCAAGGGCGUCAUCCAGGGCGACCUGGGCAACCGCAAUGUUUUGCUGAGGAGAGACCGCUCCGUGUGCCUGUGCGACUUUGCCGGAUCGGGCAUCGACGGUGAACGGCCCGAAGUGUGGGCGCAGUCGGGGUUCCGACACCCCAAAGACGAAAUGCAGGGCACCGUCGCAGGGGAGCUGCAUGCUCUCGGGUCAACUCUGUACGAGAUUGUCACGUCUCGCAUUCCGCACUGGAAGGAGGAAAAGGCGUAUGAGGCCGAAUAUGGAUUUGACGGCAAGGCGGAUGAGCUGAUGCGCGAGGGCAAGCAUCCUGACACAACUGGGCUUCCCCUCGGCGCCGUGAUUGCCGGGUGCUGGGCAGGCGAAUUCACGACGGCGCAGGCCGUCUUAGAUGCCAUUGAUGAGACGGCUUGUGAACCAGCACGUACGAAAGUGGUCUUCUAA